AUGGUGUCUAUCGCCUUUGCCAUGAAGUUUUCUAUGACCAUUUUUCUUCUCGGGCUGCAUCUUGGCCUCGCCCUUCUUUUCGUUCUUUCUCUUACAGCGCGGUCUGGUGGCAAUGUCGAAGCCAUUGCGCUUGGCAUAGAAGCCGUUCAGCUCAUUCUCAUUCCCAUUCGAUUGUACUUCUACCUUCGCUACCGCAAGUCGCCUUCCCGCUUGCAGCACGAACGGCUGUUCUUCGUCUGUCUGUGGGUAAUCAGCCUCGCCAGCGCAAUUUGGGUGAGCAUCCACAGCCCGAAAUUGCUGGACGACUUCGCAGGCCUGUCUUACCCCGAGCCUGCCGCCAUCGCGGCGAUAACCCUCACUUGGCUCGCGUGGACCCUCACUGUCCACCUCAUCUGGAUCACCGUGCAAGAACACAACGACGCCCAAGACGACGACGAGCCCGUGCCGUGGCCCGCAUACACGAAGCCGCUCCCCCCAGUAAACCGCCCCAAGCGCAUCUCCGCGAAGAUUGUCGCGGUCGCGCACGGGUCGGACCCGCUCCUCUGGGACCGCAAGAAGAACCGCCACGGACAGGACUACCCCCCGCCCAAGGCGCCGCGACCGGCCAUGCCGACGUACGACCCGCGCGACCGCCGCCAGGCGCCGAUGCCGCCCCAGCUGCCGCAGGUGCCGCGGACGACGUACAAUUCGUGGUAUAACGCGGAGGCGAUGUGA